AUGUCAACCGCUCAGUACGUCGUCCCCGAAAAUGAAGUGGUGCCCUUCUCGCCCUUUGAAGUGUAUGAAUCCUUCAAUUGGCCACCGGCGAGUAGCAUUCACUCCAAAGAGUCCACCUCAAUGAGGCUAGACAUGUCCCAAGACGGACUCCUGGAAGACUCUCCCGUUCGCUAUUACUUCACCGAAUUCGGUGUCAGGUUGCAGCCACGCACGAUGCCAACGAUUUCCAAACUAACUGCUGUUCGAACAGUUGAAACAAAGACAAGCACAAGCGAUAACCCUUUUGAGACGUCGCAAGAUUAUCUUCAGCCAAGUCCAAGGCACUUCACUCGAUCAACUUCAACUCUCGUAGCAAAAGAAACGAAUCAAUCGAAGUUCUGCGAGCAGCCCACGCUCUCUUUGUUUCGUACCGCGCACCUUCGGGAUUAUACAAUCGUGAGACACAUUGGUACUGGGACAAGCGGAACUGUAUACAAAGUCAAGGAAAAGUCAGCAACUGCAUAUAAAUAUUUGGAUUUGGCUUUGAAGGUUAUAAACAAAAGCCAACAUCUCGGAGAAGUUGAGUGUCUAACGCGAGAACAAAAGGCCUUGCGAAGAGUUGUGGGAAGCCCCUGGUUUCUCCAGCUUCAUGCUAGUUUCCACGACACCGAGAAUUUUUACCUCGCAACCGAAUUUUGUAUAGGCGGCGACCUUGAAGCUGAAAUUAUGCGAUGUGGCCAUUUAUCCGCACAACGGACCCAAUUCUACGCUGCAGAGAUACUCUUAGGUCUCGAACAUCUACAUAAACUCGGUAUUAUCCAUCGAGAUAUCAAGCCGAGCAACAUCCUCCUAAACUCUUCAGGUCGUAUCGUCAUCGCAGACCUCGGACUUGCCAAGGUCUUCGAGCGGACAUCCAUCCCCGAGAAAGAUAGACUUGAUGCAGACGAUAGUGCGAAACUCAGUGCCGAUACCUGGCCUCUCUCCCCUUUUGACGACAGCAUCAUCGACCACGAACGAGUCUUCCAAACCAAUACCCCCUGUGGAUCCGCGAACUACAUGGCUCCGGAAAUGUUCGGUUCAUCCGCAUACAGUUUUGCAGUGGACUACUGGUCACUCGCUAUAACGGUGUAUGAUAUGGCUACAGGCAAGGUCCCUUGGCACCACCCCAAUGUGCAGACGCUAUGUGAAACUAUCCUUCACGAACCCCUUUCUUUCGAGGAUACCGUAGAUGUCGAUGAAACUACAAAGGAUUUUCUGUACCGUGCACUUGAGAAAAGCCCUCAGGAUAGGCUGUCAGUGAAAGCGAUGAAAGAACAUGCUUAUUUCUCUGGGAUAGAUUGGUCCAAUUUAGCGACUCAUUCAACUUUGGCACCUCACAUUCCUGAUCCCCUCAUUGAUGACUCAACGAUCCAAAUGCCUAGCACUGAGCCGAUCAUCCAGUCAGGCUCACCCUAUGAUUUCUCUACCGACCCUUUCCCAGAGUACACAUACUGUCCCUCACCUAUUUGGGCAGCUGAGGACGGUCCGCCCUCAGCAGACACAGAGCUGGACCAGCACCACCAGCCACAGUCGUCAAUCGCAGAACUACGAGAAUCUUUGGCAUCGUCGAUCGAUGGAUCACCCCACCGAUCAAAUCAGGCGUCGCGGACAUUUAUCAAUGCUCGCCGGUUAUGGAACAAGAUCCAUCUCCAUCGGCCACAACUACGCCAAAGUAAUACCUGUGCUCUCCAGUCGUACGACGAUGCACCCUUGCGCACCCACCACAAACAUACUGACGCCCCUGGAGCCGAUCCUGCCACCACCGAAUACACAUCGGCUCCAUCGAGCGGUGACCUUGGCGUGAAGGCGUCGAAAGGACCGCAUGUUAGACGAUGGUUCCGGCGAGUCUGCUCUCGUGCGUCUGCUGUUAAUUAUAAAGCUGGCUCAGAGGAGAAUUCUCCAUAG